AGCCGGCCGCCACAGCCCUCUGUCAGCCCAGACGCUGUCCGGUCCGCGCCACCAUGAGGGGCGUCAGCUGCCACCUCCUGCUCGUGGUGUGCAUUUUACUGAAUCUCUCAGAAGCUGGACCCCAGAAGGCAGAGAACUGUGCCAAGUGGUGCCCUGACAACUCAAUAUGUAUCAGUAACAGAAGCUGUGAAUGCAAGCCAGGUUUCAGCUCGGACAGCGAUAGCAACAGCAAGUUGGUCACUAGUCCCUCAGGGAGCUGUGAAGACAUCAACGAGUGUAUACAACCUGACUUUUCCUGUGGACCGCAUGCCAUUUGUGAGAACUCAGAGGGGAGCUACUCCUGCACCUGUAACCUGGGGUAUAAGCUCCUUUCUGGAGCAGAAUCUUUUGCUAACAUGAGUGAGAACACAUGUCAUGCAUCAGUGGACACUGGGAUGACACCGGUGCCCUCCAGGAGCCACACAGUUACUACUGCACCUGGAAAUCUCCCCAAGCAGCCAACUACAGUGCACCAUUCACAGCUGGGAGACUCAGAAGAGAGGACACCCAAGGAUGUGAAUGAAUGCACCUCAGGGCAAAACCACUGCCACCAAUCCACCUACUGCAUCGACAACUUGGGUAGCUAUUCUUGCAUCUGUCGUCAAGGCUGGAAACCUGCUCCUGGAUCCCCCAAUGGCCCAGUCAACACAGUGUGCGAAGAUGUGGAUGAGUGCAGUUCUGGACAACAUCAAUGUCACAGUUCCACCGUCUGUGAAAACACCAUAGGCUCCUACACGUGCCACUGCCGCCCAGGUUGGAAGCAAAUUUCCGGGUCCCACAAUGAGCCAAAGAACACCAUAUGCCAAGAACCACUUUUUCCUACCUGGACUCUGCUGCCCACAGCCCACAGCCAGACUCUCUCGAGAUUCUCUGUCGAAGUCCAGAAUCUGCUCCGAGACUUCAAUCCAGCCAUGGCCAACUACACCAUCCAGAAACUCAUUGAAGCUGUGGACAAGCUGCUGGAAGCCCCCUUGGAUAUAGAGACUCAAACCCAACAAGUAGCCACUCUGUUGCUCUCGAACCUGGAACAAAGCCUUCGGACCUUGGCCCAGUUCUUACCCAAAGGCCCUUUCACCUACACGUCCCCUUCAAACACUGAACUGUCCCUGAUGGUCAAGGAGCAAGACAACAAAGAUGUUACCACAGUGAGCCACAGCCAAGUUUGGAUGAAGCUGGACUGGGGUGUGACAGCUGGAACCAAAAGCUCAGAAAACGGCUACUCGGUGGCGGGCAUCCUGUCCAGUCCAAACAUGAAAAACCUGCUGGCCAAAACCUCCUUGAACCUGGAGCAGAGGAGGGCCGCCUUGGAGGAUUUCUAUGGAAGCCCGGUUCCGAGUAUCACACUUAAGUUCCUCUCAAACAUCAAUUCCAUCUUCCUGACCAACACGGACACUGAGAAGCUCACCUCAAAUGUCACAUUCAAGUUCAACUUUACUUCUGAGAAGAUUCAGGCACGUCAGGAGCUGAUGUGCGCCUUCUGGAAAGACCAUGACAAUGGGAGUGGGUACUGGGACACCGACGGCUGCUUCAUGAAUGACACUGGCUUCUGCCACUGCGACCACCUGACCAGCUUUGCCAUCCUAAUGGCUCAGUACCACGUGCAGGACCCCAGGCUGAUCUUGAUCACCAAGGUGGGGUUGUUGCUGUCCCUGAUCUUCCUGCUGCUGUGUGUCCUGACCUUCCUGCUGGUGAAGCCCAUACAAAGUUCUCGGACCAUGGUGCACCUGCACCUGUGCAUCUGCCUUUUCCUGGGCUCACUCAUAUUCCUGGUUGGCGUUGAGAAUGAAGGCGGUGAGGUGGGCCUGCGCUGCCGCCUGGUGGCUGUGAUGCUGCAUUUCUGCUUCCUGGCUGCCUUCUGCUGGAUGGCACUGGAAGGCGUAGAGCUCUACUUCCUGGUGGUGCGGGUGUUCCAGGGUCAAGGCCUGAGUACGUGGUACCGCUGCCUGAUUGGCUACGGGGUGCCCCUCCUCAUCGUGGUCAUCUCAAUGGCGGCUGUCCAAAUGGAUGGCUAUGGGCACGCAACAUACUGCUGGUUGGACUUCAGGAAGCAUGGCUUACUCUGGAGCUUUUCGGGACCAGUGGCCUUCAUCAUUUUCUGUAAUGCUGCCAUUUUUGUGAUCACUGUCUGGAAGCUCACAAGCAAGUUUUCUGAAAUCAACCCAAACAUGAAGAAAUUAAGGAAGGCGAGGGUGCUGACCAUCACUGCCAUUGCCCAAUUCCUCGUGCUGGGCUGUACUUGGGGCUUCGGCCUGUUCCUCUUCAACCCUCACAGCACAUGGCUAUCUUACAUCUUCACCCUGCUCAACUGCUUGCAGGGCCUUUUCCUCUAUGUGACCCUCUGCCUGCUCAACAAAAAGGUGAGGGAAGAGUACUGGAAAUGGGCCUGCAUAGUUACUGGGAACAAGUACACAGAGUUCAACUCUUCCUCAACAGGCACUGGCACCAGCCAGACCCGGGCUCUCAGGCCCUCAGAAUCAGGGAUGUGAAGGCAAGUUCCACGAAGGACGGCAGCACACACUCAAGGCCGUCACUCUGCCUUCUGGUCCUGCUCCUGGUUGCCUUGGCCUCACCACAGCUCCUGCCUACCAGAGACAGAAGCCAGAUAGCCCAGACCUGCAGCCCUCCAUCUGGGACACGAGGCAGGCAGUCCUAGGACAAAAGUCCUUUGAGACCUGGGCUCUUUGCCAGGGUGCUGGGUUCAAUUUCCUUAAGCUAAGACUGACAGUGGGUGCCAUGUCACCACUGAGGACCUGCCUGCUGCUGAGGCUCACGGUACAGAGGCCUGGCUGCCCCAUAUCCAGGGCAGAGGGUCGCACAGUUCAAAGACUAGUUUUGUAAUUUUUUUUUUAACCCGUAAACCUUUUAAUGUUGACACACAAAAUUAAAUAUACUGAUAAAAAAAAAAAAAAAAAAAAGAUGGCAUACUUGCUGGUAGAGAGGUCUGCUGGCUUGACAAACCCCCAUGAGAUGCUGACCUAAAGAAAGAUGGGGCUGGAGGCAGGCAUUCACAAUAAAAGUUUAUUCUUACAUAGCUAAAGCUUUGGAACAAUAAAAAGAGACACCGAUUUGUCACCUAGAAA